AAAUCUCAUUUUCUGCUCUAGGUGCGAAAUAUACUAUUCCGUACCGUGACAAUAUUGAAGUAUCGUCAGUCAACUCUAUUGAGGGUGAGUCGACUGUGAAAAUAGAGGAGUUGAGAUAUAUGAAGAUGAUAAAUAAAAAAUAUGUUAGCGUCAAGUAUGACGGUAAGCUGGAAGUCACUCCUGCUUCACCCAAUGCGAACUUGCCGAGAUAUCACAACCAGUUCAAACAAUUGUAUCCUUAUUAUAGAAGGGAUGAUGAUUUGUAUUAUCAACUGUGGUUGAAGAAACAGAGGGAAGAAUGUUCGAGGUUGGGUCUACCAGAAUCGACUACAGUCGUUAAUGCUUCUUCAAAUGGAGAACAGAUUUUCAUCGAUGCUCCAGCAAAAGUUAUGAGUUAUACUGGUGUUGUGCGGUGCUUAAGAGAACAAGGUGUCAAUGAUCGAUUUCCUCCUCACUUCAAAACUGAUAUUUACUUAAAUGGAGUGGAGAUUAGCGAGAGAGAUUUUCCCAAGUAUUUCACAAUUGACGAAAGAAUAGUAUGGACUUGCAGAUAUAGGCUCGAUAGCUUCUAUAGGAUAGAGACGGAAUUUGUGAGCAACAACGGUGUGGAAAAUGUAUUCUUCGACAAUAGAGCAGAGAUUCAAUAUAUCUACUCAAUUGUAUUGCCAGAUGGAGUUAUCGGCGUUAGAUUCAGAGAAGUCAGAUAUUUUGAUAGCUCAGCAGGCAGGCCAAUCAAAUUUAUUGAAAAAAAAAAUCAAUUCGGACGACGGAUCUCUAUACGAGUUCGGGUCUGUGAAAGAUCUCGUAGUCUCCGGAUUUUCUUCAUCAAUAGAGAGUAUUCCAAAUGGGAAGAGAACAAUGAUCAGAGUUCAGGAUUUCUGAGAGUGGUGAAUAAGCUGAAAAUUCUGACACCUGAAGUUCGUUACAUGGAGACAUUUGAUGGAGUCUCAAUAAUAAAAGAUGAAACCGACCUCAGAGUUAUCGAGAUCAAAUACUUGGACCUCAAUAACCCAGAUGAAGUGGUAAAAUAUGGAGGAAAACUGGUUUUUGAUGAUAAAGACAAGGAAAAUGUUAAAUCAACAUAUUCGAAGGGAAUAAAAUCAAUUCAAAAGACGAUAGACGAUACUGCCGCUUUCAUUGGUGGCAAUAGCUAUAGCCCAAGGAGUCUACAAAUGAGAGAUUACGAUCCACUAAACUUGGUGCCGACUGGUGGAGGUCAAACAAAAUCUGAGAAGACAAUUAACUUCAAACCAUCAACGGAUGGAAUCCAGAUAACUAUGGACAUCACGCCAACACUUACCGAAUUAAUAACUUUUAAUGAAGUCAUUGAAUGUGAAUUCUUGGCCAACGAAAAGAUGCAUCCUGUAGUCAAAAUUUCCAUCAAAAAAAGCAGAGCAUCUGAGACAAGAGAAGAGCAAAUUGGUAUGAAAGAAAAUUAUAAACAAUCGAAAUAUUUCAAAUGGGUGGUGCGUGAAGUAUGGCAAUGCAAAAUCCCAAAUCAAGUGGAGCCCAUUCGAAGAAUUGUAACUGAACAGCACUUGAUAAAGGAUGCCAAUAAAUUUAUCUAUGAUCCAAUCCUCUCGAAAGUGUGGGUCGAACUGGUGGCUGAAAAGACUAUUUUAAAAAUAAAGGAUGUACGGUACUGGAAUCCAUCGAAUCAACAUACGAUAUAUCUGAAUGCGAGUAUAUCUCUAGCAGAAAGAGAAGUAAAGCUGAAGUCCGAGUUUUGGAUGAGUGGAAACAUGCCUUUCAACGGGCUUGAAAACCUUGGAGGAGGAAAUGCAGUCUUACAGGAUAUAUGGUUAGGACUCACCCUUACAGAACAAGAGGGGAAGGACAAAAAAACAGUAUCAAGAAAUGGACCUGAAUAUAAAUAUCCACUGAAAAGAAUCAGCUACCCAGAUUCAAUUCGCACAGUGACUUUCGAAAAAGGUUCUAGAGUGUUCCAGAUAGGCUCAAAAGCGUCGUCAGAAAUUCCAGCUUCCACUCAAAUAUGGUGUGACAUUGAAAACUCAAGAGAUUCGAAAUCACUCUUGGACUACGUUCCGAGAGUUAUAGAGUACAUAGAUGGUGAAAUGUUUCUACUGGACAUUGACUUGCUUAAAGAUGCUUUCACUAUUAUGAAAAAGGAAGUGUGGACAUGUUCUAAUGGCCAGAAAUCAAUCACCAGAAUUGACACAAUUAUGUGUGCUCAAGAUCCGAUUCAUGCAGUCAGAAGCCUCGGUGGUGUUGAAGUGGACAGUUUCGUUUUUAUCGAACAGGUUUCAUCAGCAGCAGUUACAGAGACAAUCUACAUUUUGGAUGGUAAAAUUGUAAAAUAUGGGGGAACCCCAUCUUCCAAAUCUCCUCCUUCAAAAGAUGAUGCUGUGUCAUUAUGUUCUACCCAGCCUGCAUAUAUUGACUUUCCUCCAGAUGAGCAACCUCCACCAAAAGGUGUAAGUUCCUAUCUCAAAAAAGUGGGCAAUUGUAUUUCUGAGAAGAUCUCUGAUUGGCUGAUAAGUUAUUCAUCGAAACGAAACUUGAGGAAAAUGAAGAGAUUUCAGAAAGAGGCAGCCGCUAAAUCAAGACAAAGUGUCGCCAAAUCAUCAGCCAGUAAAUCAACUGUUAAUAAUUGAUUGCAACCUUAAAUAUUAACAAUCAUAAGUUUCAUGAUUUGUGAUAAAAUGUUCCAAUCAUCCGUUGAUUCUCUUUUUAGGCUAUUCCUCGCGGGUAACAUUCAUCAUGUAUUUCAGUUCAUCCUGAUCAGCUGUUUGGUCAAUGUUUUCGUUCUUUGUGUUUAUCAUCAAAAUAAGUUAUCAGAACAUUUUAAAAAAUUCCAGCAUUUAUCACUUGGAAGAAAAUAAAUCUAACCUUUCUGAAACAUUAUUGGUCAUAACCUUUUCAGGUUGAGUUCAUCCACUACCUCUGUAGUGAAAGCCGUAGUGCAUUCGUGUGACGUCAGCACAGGUAGGGCUCUUACACUAAUAAAAAUUUGUUGAUCUCAGCUGAUCUAUAUCAGCUAGUGUUUCUAUUGGUGUAGGAGCCCUACCUGUGCUGACGUCAAACGAAUGCACUACAGAUUUCAGGUAGUGGUUGAGUUCAUCUGAUCUUAUAUAGGCAGUAUUUAGGCCUACUGAAAUCCAGUAGAACUGAGAUCCUCCACAUUCCUCUAGAAGAAAUUGAAUAAUUUGUUUCUUCUUUACUAUAUAUUAUCUUAUUAUUAGUCAUUUAUAGUUUUCCUUUGUCUUUAUUUUAUUUUAUUACAUUGUUUUUCUCUAUUUUAUUUUUUAGCUUUUCCUUUAAUGAAUAUUUGAGAUUUGAAACAUUCAUUUCCUUUUCAAAUUUCUCCUACAAGUCUCUUAAUAUAAACUCAACUCUAUCUUACGCACAGGCAAUAUGUUUCCUAUGAAACAUAUCCCUUAUUUAUUAUUUAUCAUUACAGCAACUUAUUAGUAAUUCAUAAACCUAGCAUUCAAAUUGAACACAAAAGUCAAAUUUAUUACAGGGUUUGUUUUAUUUUCAUAUAAUUUAGUGAAAUUGAGUUUAAAAUUAUAAUGUAUUAUUUUUAAAUGCUGAUAUUUUUGUUGUAUUUUUGGAGGGAAUAAAUUUGAUUUGAUUUGUCGUAUUUAAUAUUAUAUUAAUCACUAUUUAUAUAAUAUAUAUGAUAUCUUGUACCAUACAGUAUGGUUGGCUAAUUAUGUAGUAAUAUAAUUUUGUAACAUAGAAGUAUAUUACACCUCAUAUGUAUUGUUCCGUUAUUUAAAAGAAAUAUGAAUUUUUAAUAUUAGUUUUUUUUAGCAUUAAGUAGCUGGAAAAUGUGGCUAAUGACUUUUAUUUUCAUUAUUGUGACUGCAUAUGGCGGUGUUUAAAUGAGAAAUAUUUCUUUCUAUUCUUACAUUGUUAUAUUGUUGAGCCAUAGCAUUUGAUAAAUUUGGCUAAUAACUCAAUAUCUUUGUUUUGUUUUUUCUUGUAAUAUUGUACUGUUGUUUAUGAGAAACAAUAAAUUCUAUUCUAUUCUAUUACUACUAUUAUUUAUUAGUCUGUUAUCCAUGCUGAUGAACAUAAAACUGUUGUUUCAAGUUCAUUUUGUGAACUGUAAACUCCAAAUUUGUGUGAUUGUGUUGAUAAAAACAAGAUUGUAUAAGAUUGAGUUGGAAUAUUAUAAGGUUAUUCAUUUAUUGUAUUGUAAAAUUCACUAAUAAUAUCAAUAAAGAAACGAGUUACAGUUAAUCUUUACAU